AAAAAACGCUUUACAUUAAUGAAGGUGAGGGCGGCGGUGCGCAUGCGCGGCGGAAGGUGCGGGACAGUGAUAACACAGCCUCGCCGCUCCUCUAUUUUGCCAUUUUUCUCCACCAUGGGGGAGCCACAGAGUGCAUUAUUGCUUCGGAAACAGCUCGCAGAGUUAAACAAGAAUCCUGUAGAGGGCUUCUCUGCGGGACUUAUUGAUGACAACGACAUUUUCAAGUGGGAAGUUCUCAUUAUAGGUCCUCCAGACACACUUUAUGAAGGAGGAUUUUUCAAAGCACAUUUAAUAUUCCCCCGAGAGUAUCCUCUACGACCGCCCAAAAUGAAAUUCAUCACAGACAUUUGGCAUCCAAAUAUUGAGAAGAAUGGAGAUGUAUGUAUCUCAAUCCUCCAUGAACCUGGAGAUGAUAAGUGGGGUUAUGAAAAAGCCUCGGAGCGUUGGCUUCCUGUGCACACGGUUGAAACCAUCCUCAUCUCCGUCAUUAGUAUGCUAGCGGAUCCCAAUGAUGAAAGUCCAGCAAAUGUUGAUGCAGCGAAAGAUUGGCGUGAAGAUUACAAUAUCUUUAAGAAGAAAGUAGCGCGUUGUGUUCGGAGAAGUCAAGAGGAAUAGGAUCUCUAGACAUUAGCAUAUCCCUGGUGUGUACUAUUACUGUGGUUUAAGACUGUGAAUGGUGUGGUAGUGAGUCCCAGAAGGCCACAUAUGGUCAGGAAUCUGGACAGUAACAACUCCCAAGCUGCAACACACCUCUGAUAAACUGAUGUUGAAAUACCUUGCAAUUAUGAGCAAGCACAAUACUUAGUGAUAUAGGUCACUGAUAUGACCAUAUAACUUGCAAGAUGGAAAUUGGGUUUACAAGUUAAAAACAACAAAAACAAACAAACAAAAAAAAACAAAAAAAACAAAAAAAAAGUACUUUGUGGUUUAGUGGUGCAAGAUCUGGGACCAGAUGAUGGAGUGAGACAAGUGUUGAACAGCACCCUUGUGGCAUUAUUUCUGAUCAGGGUCACAUUGUGAAUAAUGAGUGAUCAUUUUUUUAAUAAAAGUGAAAACUCUUCGACCUACCCCAGGGAGAGAACAGCAGUGGAAAAGUUCACAGCCACAUCUACGACACUUAACGAGACCUGAUUAUGUCAGAGCAAAAAUUGAAAUAAGUAUAUUCUCCCUGUCAUUCAUUUAUUAUGUAACAGCAUGAACAUUUAAAUAAAUUUAACUUUUCUUCAUCACACAGGUCUUCUAAAAUUUCGAAUGAUACUGUGUCAUUUGAAAUAUUCGGGUAAGAAGAAAAGUUUGUUACUUUGCUAUGAUAAAAUUAGGCAAGUUAAGGUCUAGAGUGGAUAGUUUGUGGAAGUACAUACAGGAAGGAGUGACUGCCUUUCCUUACUCAAAUCCACAGUGCUCUUAUAGAUAUUAAACUACUUGGUCAAGCCCUACUGUUAAAGAAAUUUAGAUUUUGUUAGGUAUUUUGAUAAUUACUUCAUUUGCAGCUUUGUAUCAACAGGUAGCAUUAAAUCUUAAGUUGGUCCUGAGCAAGACAGUUGACUGAUAAUUUAGCAAUGAGAUUCUUAAUGGCUCCCAUAAAGUUUUCAUACUAUUCCAUUCACUCAGAUAUUGGGUUAGGGCUGUACCUUUGCCCAUUAGGAAAAUAAAUUAAUAAAAUAACUAAAAGUGUGGUGUUACAUGAAAAAAGUUCCAUGCUGUUAUGACACAGCUGAUUCAUCAUUAAUAGGAUCCUAUUAUUAAGCUGAAGGGAUCUCAUCAAGAUAGCAUCAUGAACGUUGUUCUGUUUUUUUUUUUAAUGAAAUUAGAAUAAGAUCACAGUUGCUGUCUUGAGCCUUAAACUUUGUAAUGGAAAUGUGUUGCAAAUUUUCAGCUAUAUAUAUAUAUAUAUAUAUAUAUAUAUAUAUAUAUAUAUAUAUAUAUAUAUAUAUAUAUAUAUAUAUAUAUAUAUAUACACUGAAAGGGAAUAUGUAAACUUUGCUCACUUAUCAUGGUGGUGAUGGACGUAGUCAAAACUCAAAACUGCAAAUUUUCUGAUCUACUUCACUAUUCUUAUUCAGCUUGAGGAAUGAGUGCUCAAGGAACCACUACUUGUUACCACCCUCUUUCCUUUCAUUCACAUCACACUGAAUACCUUCAGCAGCAGGGAACAAGGCUGUUUAUAAGGAAUGCUUUCAUUUUGUUAUUACAUGAAUGAGUUAGUGGCUCAUUAUUGUUAUACAUACCUUCAGAUGGAGCACCCUUUAACUGGCAGAUUUGAUGGCUUUUAGUUAGUGCCAAAAUGAAACCUUCUUCAAACAUUUAAAAUUUCUUAAUUGAUUCACAGACAUCUUUGGGUACUGCUGCUUUUGUCCAACAUUCAAAUGGUAAAAUAGCAGUAUCACUUCUUUGCUUAAUGCUGCCAAAAGGGCGUCUUCCUGAAGUGUAUCUUCAGGUCAGUAAAUCAACAGUUUAAAAAUUUAAUUUGCAACUCAUCCAACCUGGCUUGAUUUUGCCAUGAUAGUUGACUACAUGUUCUGUAGAAACCCCAUGAAAGAUUUAAUACCUCAAGUGUUAAGUUGUCUCAUUGUUCAUGUGUUGGGUCAGGAGAUGAUGGUGUCACCUUGCCAUAGGGGAAUUUAAGAAUCUGUCACUGUUAAGCCUUAAGGAGGUAAGGGUGGAAUGCAAUCAUUUCCCUGACCCAGCAAUAAAUGGAAACCCCAGUAUGGAAAAGAAAAACACGUGUGAUAUUAUACUGGACAUAUGAACUGCUACUGUGAACAUUUGUUUUCUACUUUUUUCCAUAUUACUGCAAUAUGUUUUAAGUAACAGUUUGUAGUUGUCCUUCAAUUCAAUAAACACCAAGCUUCAA